AUGCGCUCCCUUCGACAUCCCAUGGAUCAGUUGCUGAAGGCAGGAGAAAAGUUCGAAUGGUCACCAGCUUGCCAGAAGUCGUUCGACCGUUUUCGAGAAAUUCGUCAGUCACCGCUUCUGUUGACGCACUACAACCCGAAACUUGAAUUAGUUGUGUCGGCAGAUGCUUCCUCCGUUGGUCUGGGUGCCCGGAUCGCACACAAAUUUCCGGAUGGCACCGUGAAAGCCAUUUGCCACGCUUCGCGCAGUUUGACAGCAGCGGAGAGUAAUUACAGCCAGAUCAAAAAGGAGGGCUUGGCUUUAAUAUUUGCCGUGACCAAAUUCCACCGGAUGAUAUUCGAACGGCGUUUCGUGCUCGAGACCGACCACAAGCCUUUACUCGCCAUAUUCGGGUCGAAAAAGGGCAUCCCCACGUACACCGCCAACCGGCUCCAGAGAUGGGCGUUGACACUGCUUCUCUACGAUUUCGACAUACACUACGUGUCGACAGAUGCUUUCGGACACGCGGACAUCCUGUCCCGCCUUAUCAAUCGCCAUGUUCGUCCGGAAGAGGACUAUGUUAUAGCCAACAUCGAGUUCGAGAGCACCAUCCGCAGCAUCAUGAAACAAUCCCUGGAAGCCCUACCAGUUUCAUUCAAGACCGUUCAAGCCAAAACCCGCAUAGAUGAAACCCUGCAACAGGUGAUCAAGCACGUCAACACCACGUGGCCUACCAAGAAAACAAGCAUCACAGAUCCGCACAUUCAAGAGUUCUUCCAGCGUCGCGAGUCCUUCUCCAUCACCGCUGGCUGCUUGAUGUACGGCGAACGUUUGGUGUUACCAUCCGUUCUCCGAAAGAAGGUUCUCGUGGAGCUGCACAAAGGUUAUCCCGGUAUCGAGCGUAUGCGGUCCCUUGCUCGACAGUACGUCUACUGGCCCCAUAUCGAUAAGGACAUCGAAAGGCUGGUGCAAACGUGCAACGAAUGUUCGAGUGUGGCGAAAACGGAUCGUAAAACCAACCUCGAGUCGUGGCCAGUCCCGGAGAAACCCUGGCAACGACUUCAUCUCGACUACGCCGGUCCUAUGGAUGGGUGGUACUUUCUGAUCCUAGUGGACGCCUACACCAAAUGGCCGGAGGUGAACAACCUGAGCAAAUAUACCACCCACAAUAGAAUUCACUAG